AUGGAAUGUGAGAUUGACGAACUCACGAAGCGCUAUCUAGUUUCGCUAGCCAGUUGUUCGACAAAUCGCAUUAUCUUUGCGAAUGUAGCCGUAUGUUCCAAAGAACUAGGUCAAACAUUUCCGUCGGGCAGUUGUUCUCGUUGUUCCUCAACUGAUUGUGCUGUUACCUACAGCAAGAAAAAGUAAGAGUAAAUGACGAAUACCGAGCAUUUAUACAUGAUGUAUAUCUAUCAUCUACCCAUAGUUCGAACACAAACGGCAUUCUCGUUUCAGAGUUAUCAUUGUUUGUCGGCUUUGCAAUUCAAACAUCAAAUCCGUCAAAAUAAAGAAGUCAAGCUCGAAGGGAGAGAAGAUGAAAAUAAUUGAUAAGCCCCAUCAACCGAUUAUAUCCGCAGUUAAACCAGCUCCGAGUUUAGUAAGUAAAACAACGGUCAAAUCCAAGAAUCGAGCGAGCAAACUGCGGAAGUUAGCCGGAUUGGAUGAAGAAAAAGGCUCCGUUACCAGCAACUCAUCUCUAUUAUCGUUCGUCAAUUCUUUACGAUGA